AUGUUGGUCAUUUUCAUCACUGUUGUUUCUUAUCGUCUGCAACCAAACAGUCUACACUCAUUCUUAAUUUCUUCGGCGAUUUUCUCUGAAUAACUGCUGAUUCAUACCUUCUCACAACUUUUUACGUCGCUGUGUAAAUGCAGUGCGAUGAAGCUCGUUUCAUUAAAAGGAAAAUUCGGGCUGGAGCUAUUGAUGUUCACCCGACGGAGACCGCUCUGGUUGUCAACUAUCAGCUGGAAGCUUUCAUACUUGGAGAGCUCGGAGAUCCCAUGCUUGGAGAUAAGAAGGAUUGCCAGAAAAUAAUCCGCUUGAAGAGUUUGAACUCUGAUACAGAUUGUGCGGCUCUUGCCAAAGAAGUUGUUGAAAAAUGCAGCCUUAUCCAUGCCUCUAAGCUUGCUGAAGUUGAACACCUCAUAUAUUACCUACAAAAUCGCAAAGAAAAUCCCUUCAAUGACCGUGUGGAAAGUCCUCUCCAAAGCUCAGUAUAUUCUGGUACUGAGAGCCCCUCUGCUAUGGAUAUGAUAGUUAGUGGAAUCUCUGAGAAAGCAACAAUUGCAAAUAUAGAGACGUAUGUUGAAUUGUUGUAUGAAGAUAUAGCAGAAAAAGUAAGAGGAUCAGGCCUCAUUUUAGAGCUUGCAAAGGAUCCAAACAACUUGGAAGAUCUAUCUAAAAAUGAAUCACUUCUUAGUGCUCUAUCAAGAGUUCUACGAGAAGAUUGGAGAAAAAGUAUGGAGCUAAGCACAAACAUUGUAUAUGUUUUCUUUUGCUUUUCUACAUUUUCUCAGUUCCAUUCAUUGGUCCUUCAGUACAAGAUUGGUUCAUUGUGUAUGGAAAUCAUUGAUUUUGAACUGAGGCGUUAUGAUCAAUGGAAAACUGAUUUGGAAAGCUGCCGAAAUAAUAGUUUACCCCGGCCCAAUGAGGCUCACAAAAACAACCAUCCACCUAGUCAAGCUACUGAUUCAAGGAAAAUUGCCAUUGGGCACAGCCACAUUCCAGUAAGCCGUCGACCAAAUGAUGCUUCACCUAGCCCUAUAGGUGCAGACGAAGAAAAAAAGAAAAGGAAUAGCCUGCUUGCCCCUGGGGAAAUAUUGAAGAGGCAUGUAGAGGCAGCAUCUUCAAAUGUUGAUGGAUCAAAAAGAAACAGCAUGGUCAAGUCUCCUUCAUAUGGAAUGGUCCGUUCACCAUCUACGGAUGACGGAAGGAGAUCAGCUGAGAGCACCAAACAUGGUUUAUUGAGCGCCUACAGAUCUAUGACAGACAGUUGCGGUAGUGUUAGUAGUGUCGAAGGAGAAGCCAAGAAAGAUAAUGCUGAUAAACAAAGAGAAGAAUUCGAAAGGACUGCAAGAAAGUUUCGGACUCUCAUUAAAAAGCAAGACCAACUAUUGAGGGUUUGCCUGUACCUUUUGCUGAACAUAGCAGAGAACACAAGAGUGGAAGACAAGAUGCGCAAGAAGAAUGUUGUUGGUGUGCUCAUGAAAACUUUGGAGCGGUCAACUCCUGAACUCCUCAUACUUUCUGUCACAUUUCUGAAGAAACUUUCUCUUUUCAAAGAAAACAAAGACAUUAUGGCUGAAUUUCAUAUAAUAGACAGACUACAACGUGUAUUUCAAAUUGGUAAUCCAGAACUUGAUCACGUUGCAUUAAAACUAUUAUUCAAUUUAUCCUUUGAUUCUCGCCUGAAAGAACGCAUGGUCCGUGAAGGAUAUUUACCAAAGCUUGUCGGUAUGCUCAGUGAGAAGCAUCACCAAUCAACAGUUCUAAAAAUUUUAUACAACUUAAGUAUGGAUGACAGAGUUAAAUCUAUGUUUGCUUACACUGAUUGUGUCAACUCUGUUGUAGACAUGAUCCUCGGGUAUGAUAAAGAUCAAGUUGAUUUAGUUGUUGUUGCCCUUGCUAUCAAUCUGGCACUGAAUAAAAGGAAUGCAGAGAUAAUUGUUGAAGGAGGUAGAUUACAGCUCCUCAUGGAUCAAGCUUUCAGAAAUUUGGAUUCUCUUUUGAUGAAAGUUGUUCGGAACAUCUCUCAGCAUGAGUCCUGCAAAUUAAUCUUUGUUGAAUUUGUUGGUGACUUGGCAAAAGUCUUGACUCAGUGCUCAGACAAAGAAUUUCUUUUAGAGUGUUUGGGUGUUAUGGCCAACCUAACACUGCCAGAUCUCGAUUACUCUCAAGUUUUGGAGCAAUUUCGGCUCAUACCCUGGUUACGCAAGCACCUAGUGCCUGGGAAAUCUGAGGACGAUCUUGUUUUAGAAGUAGUCAUGCUAUUAGGCACUGUUUCAGCUGAUGAAAAUUGUUCAUCAUUGCUUUGCAAGGCAGACCUGCUUCUAUCAUUAAUUGAGCUUCUUAAAGCAAAGCAAGAGGAUGAUGAAAUGGUCCUCCAAAUUGUAUAUGUGUUUUAUCAGAUGGCAAGGCACAAUUUGACAAGGGAAUACCUUAUUCAUGAAACAGAGGCCCCUGCAUAUUUAAUUGACUUAAUGCACGAUAAAAACAGUGAAAUCCGGAAGUUGUGUGAUGCUUGUCUUGAUGUGAUUAAGGAAUGUAAUGAGGAUUGGGCGUCUCGCAUCAAACUAGAAAAGUUUCGCUGGCAUAACUCCCAGUGGCUGGAAAUGGUUGAAUCACAAGCCCUUGAUUCAUCUGGUUAUGGUCAACUGGCUGAUGAUGUAGAUUCUCUCCCUGCCUUUCUGAGUAGCGACAUGCUUACUCACUCACUCCUUUUCCCGGCUGGCUCCCAUGUUUCAUUGGAUGAUCUAGAUGAUAUUGAAAUAGUAUCUAACAACACCCUCUCAGAUGGAGAGAGUAGACCUGGAAGCAGGGAUGGAACAAUUGAUGCAUACGGAAGCCCACAGAAGAAUUCAAAAAUGAAUGGGCAGGGUGCUUUUAGUAAUGGAAUGAUCUUGUCUGUUGGUGACUAAGCACAAAAACAUCAUUACAUUGUGUGUAGUCAUCUAUUGUAAUAAUUUUCUAGUCACAUUUGAUCACCAAAACAAGAUUUUAUUUACUAUGGCAGGAGUUUGUGCUUCUUUUUUAUGGACUUUGUAUCUGAUUUAACCAUACAAAUGAUUUUUUGCACUGUGUAGUUAAGAUUCAGUAUGAUGUGUUUAGUACAAUUGAUUUAUUGAGAGAAAAUGCUGAUGUGGCUUGCACACUGCUUAAUUAAAAGACUUACAAUUUCGUCCUUUGAUCAUGCUUCCAAGGUUCUUUGUCUUCAUCUUCAUUUUGUAUCUCUACAAUUUAUAAGGAGAAACAUUUUAUUACAUAUGGCAUAAACAUUAUUUUUAUUAUUUUGUGUGUGUUGUUCAGCAUUCACUUCAAGAUAGACUGCAAUAUUUGCCUCAACGAAAAAUGCACUUAAAUGAUGCAUUGUGAUAAUGUUUACUAUAUUUAGCCCACUUUUUGAAAUGUGCUUUUAAAAUUUUACUUCUAUAUUAUUUGUCAAUUGUAAGGGAAUUUUCAAUUAAAUAAUGAUACAAACUUUC